AUGAACUUCGGUAAUCAUGUGGAGCAAACGCUGGCAACUUGCCAGAGGAUUGAUGCGUGCAUCUUUCAGAUUGAAGAGAAGCUUGGGAAACUUCAUAGUGAAAACGGUGACUUUCGUAACAAGAUGCACUACAAGUUGCCCCGGCUUGAUGUUCUGGAAGUCACUUUGGCGGACAGUGGCAUCAGCAAUGCCAUCCGGAAUCGCCAGGGCCGCGCUGUGUCCAUUAAGACCGUGGAGGCCAAACGCAUUUGGUUCAUGAUUCAUACAUACGAGCCCAGGCAUCUCUGGAUCAAUUGCGGGAGGCCCGCAGCGAUUCAUUUGGAUGCCGAUUUUGGUGAUGUUAUUGGCAUGGACGUAGCAUACUGGAGUGGGCAGAGUGGUCACAAGUACAUGUUCACUCAUAUCCUUGAUGAGGCAACGUUGUUUCAUCAGGCCACGGCAUCCGGAAGAACCAUGGAAGACCAGUACGACACUCUCACCGACAGCUGGACCAAAUGGGCGGGGCCUUGUCAGCUUCUCUACAUUGAUCCUGCAGGGGAGUAUGUAGGGGACUUGUGGCGUGAGAAGUUGCAGCGGGACGGGAUCUGCGCGAAGGUAGCUGCUGGUGAGAGUCACUGGCAGGUUGGAAGGGUAGAGUCCCACGGGAAGAUUUUGAAAGCAAUGCUCUCCCGCAUGGAUGCCGAGACUCCCAUUACAGAUGAUGUAGAGAUGGAGGGGACCCAUCCAAUUUCUGAGCCUGCGCCAGUUAUUUCAGGGUCUGCUGUUCCGCCUCUGGAUGAGGGGUAUGGGGUAGGCGCAAUACCUUUAGGUGGGGGUGUCGACGGGGACCCUACGACCGUAACGCAAGACAGUGGCCCGGAAGCAGCAGAGCAGCCUGAACAACCUGAAACCGAAGUCUCACCGGCGAUUUCGAUGGAGCAAGAGCCUGAGGAGCCUAUGGAACUAGAUCCUGUAGAGGUCCCAGUACCUGACGAAGAUGAGGAUAUUCUAUUCGGAGACUCCGAAUGCUUCUUGAUCCAUCCAAGUUCGGAGCAAGUGUGGGAGAUAGGGCUUCAUGAAACAGGGGUAGAAUACGAGAAUCUUCCUUCACCCGAGCAGGCCCUGCAGUACGUUCUCGUAGCCAGUACUGAGAAGAAGAAGCGCACUGAAGUUAAGCUUAGAGAUCUAAGUCAGCAUGAGCGUCAGUUGUUCAAAGAAGCCCAGAACAAAGAAAUCAAAGCUUGGCUUGAUCAUCGGACGGUGCGUCGAGUUGCAGCAGGCACCCUUGAGGACUCGCAGCUCAUGAGGUGCCGGUGGAUCCUAACGUGGAAGGCUCCGGAAAAGGUGGCUUCUAGAAAGUGGAAGCUCAUCAACUUUGACAUCUCUACAGCCUUUUUGCAAGGAAAAGGGGAUGGCCGUAAGCUGGGCAUCAAACCUCCCGAAGAGCUCCGGGAAGCUUUAAAAAUGGGUCCCACAGACCAAUGUCGUCUUGAAGGCGGGGCCUACGGAAGGAUUGAUGCUCCUUUCUUGUGGUUCCAGACCCUCAAGCAGACACUUGAGGAGCUGGGAUUCAUCCAGAGUCCCUUUGACGCUUGCACUUUCAGCCUUGUCACUAAAGGACCUGAUGGGGAACCCCGGGUACAUGGUGUUUUGGGGAUACAUGUUGACGAUGGCAUAGGGGGUGGGGAUUCAUACUUUGGUAGGGUCAUCGAGCAGCUUCGGGGCAUCUACAACUUCGGGUCCUAUGAUGAGGGUGAGUUUGUUUUUACAGGGAUUCGUUUUCGGCAGUGGGACGAUGGAAGCAUUGAGAUGGAUCAGAUGGCUUACAUCGAGAAGAUAUCGCCGAUCCAUGUUCCUAGAGACCGUAGGCUACGAUCUGAGGAUCCUCUCUCUGCUUCGGAAGUCCAUGAGUUGCGCCGUCUCAACGGCAGCCUUCAGUAUGCGGCGGUACACACCAGACCAGACAUCGCGGCAAAGGUUGGGUUUCUACAGUCCAUGGUCACCAAGGGUAGGGUUAAGCACUUGUUGGAGGCAAACAAGGUGUUGCAUGAGGCCAAGUCACACGCUGUGUCUCUGAUGGUGGUACCGAUCCCUGAAAAGCAUGUCACCUUCUGUACGUUUUCAGAUGCUUCUUUUGCCUCGUCCAAAGAUAAUAACUCGUAUCAGGGGACACUGGUGAUUGUAACCGAUUGGCGCAUGCUUCAGAAUCAGAAAGCUGUCAUUGUUCCCGUGGCUUGGGCGAGUAAGAAGAUUUCCCGAGUAGUUCGAAGCACUUUAAGCGCGGAAGUGGUCGCUCUGUGCGGAUCACUUGACAGAAUGUCGUGGUUACGGCUGUUCUGGGAGUGGAUAAAGAACCCGGGGAUAGAUAUUUCCCAUCCCGAGGAAGUUUUGAAAGGAGCUCCCAAAGCCUCUCUUGUGACCGACUGCAAGAGCGCCUAUGAUGUGCAUCAGUCGAAGAUUCUGGCCGACAUCCGGCUCAACAGCGACAGAG